UGUGUGUGUGUUGUGUUUGGGGUGGGUGAAAGAGGCCUUCGCCCUGAACGUUACUCCUGCAAGGACCGCCACUGUUUACGAACUCCCCCAACAUGACUUUUACUUGUAGUUACAUGUAUUAAAGGAGCUAUGCCUGUUUGGCGGCCAGUAGGGGGAGCCAACGCACCGACUAAUAAUCAGACGCUGAUUGAUUUCCAGUCUGUACUUAUUUUAAACGAAUUUAUCGUCAAAAACAGACGUAGCAGAUGCUUUUCUCGCCAAACGAGGGACAAAUAUGUGUCCGACAACGUGUAUGUGUGUGUACUUACCAUACAAUAUAUGAGAUACAUGUUAUAAGUUCAACGUAAUGUGGAAGAACAGAGUUUAACAAUUGACGUCACCUAAAAACAUCCACAUUAAUAAAGAAGCAUCACUUUAGACGCAAGUUUGCUAACUUUAUAGCUAUUCGCCAAGUAAGAAAAUAUUCGUCUUGACAUUUAAAUAAAGACGCACGUAACAUAUCUAAUCACGUAAUAUGUGAAAAGACCUACAGUUGUAAAAGUUUGACUAAUUAAAGUCGCCCCCGGUGGGUUUCCUCUCCCAACUCUUUCCGUCGCCCUCCCCGCUGACGUUACGCACGCUGCCGUGGCGUGCCUGCGAGCUGAAUAACAUGGAGUCCUCCGCCUGGCACCUCCGAGGAGGGAUCCUACCGAAAAACCCGAGCGGCAACUAGAGCCCAGGGGGCGAGCUGGUCUGCGCGGAGCACGUCGGAGCCUCCCGCGAGCAUCGGCGCGGCUCGUAAAGCUCCGGAUCCCGGCCCAGAAACUAUGACGGACGGUGCUUAAGACGGUGUCAGCCUCGCUGUGCGACCCGCAAACCAGGCCGAUUUCAACUCAGAAGAAGUUGCACAAUGUAGGGAAGCUGUUUGCCGGUGGGACUCCAUACUGUCCUCUGGGGGACCAUGGAGCCUGAUGGGCAGCCCCCAACCCCAGGGACCAGCAAUGGGCCCCUAUCCUACGGUUCAACACAAAAUCCUACUGCCGCUGACUUCCUCAGCUGCAGCUUAGAGUCCUCAUGUUCUCCAAAUCUGAGCGACGGCUUGAUGGCGGUCGACUGCGCAUGGGAGCUAGACGGAGAGGACGACCCAGAGCGGGCGGCCGCAGACCCACAGAGGGACGCACAGAGGAGAUUCAAGUCCUCAGCCUUUCCUUCCUCUCUAAGUUGGGACUCGGACUCAGAGAAGGAAGCUCUAGAUGAGGAGGAGCUCCAUAACUUUUCCAACCCUCACGGUCUGGCCACCCACAGCCCGGGAUCUCCUUCUGCCGGACUCAGGCUUCAUGGUGAGGAUGACCAGGAAUUUGAGAAACUGCAUUCCUUCAGUAGUACGACUGACACAUCCACCCCUGCAGAGGGGCAUAGUGACAACAAUGAGAGCACAAACAAAGAGGAGCCAAAUACAAGUCGACUUGGCCAAACAGAAUCAGCAGAUAACAGAGUCUGGAGUGUAUCCGAGGUUGCUGAGCCAUUUCUGUCCAAAAGAAAACCAAAGCAAGCCUCCCCGAAGGAGGAGGAGGCCGACAGCGACGAGGGAGAGACAAAGCCCAAGAGAAAUGAAGCCAGGGAGCCUGAGAGAGAUGUUUACACCUUCCCUGGAGACUCCGACCCAGAGAGUCCACCUCCUGCUCCAUGGGCUCACUGCACUUUCAUUCAGCGGUGCAGAAGAAAGAGGGCACUACUCAGACCUUUCUCUGGGAUUGGAUCGCCCGAAACCCACAAGUCGGAAAGACUGAGCCCUCAAACAUCUAAAACAGACGAGACCACAGUGCUCAGUCAAGCGGCAGAGGUCUACGAAUUUGAGGAAGUCAGCUUUGAUGAUGGCGAGACAAAGUUCAGAGACAAUGACGGGAAGGAAUUAGAGGCGGAGGAAAGCGGGCAGGAGACAGGUAACGAAAUCUUCACCUGUGUGGAGUGUAGCAUUUACUUCAAAAAGCAGGUUCACCUGCAGGAGCACAUGACCGAGCACUGCCAGAUUUCCCCCAGCGGAGGCAGGCGUUCAGGCAAGGGCAGCCGCUUGCGAUGCGCCGAGUGUGGAUGGAACCUGCCGAACCGCCCGGCGCUGGCCGACCACCAAAGAAGGCACCAGGAGUCCCGUCUCAAGAUCCUGGAGGAGAUUGAGAAACUGAAUAAAAAUGAAAAGGCAAAAGAAUCUGACGCACUGGAGAGCAGAGCAGUGAGGCACGGGUCCACUGACCCAACUGUUGCACAAUAUACAGGCGAAAUGUCAGACGGAGAUAUGGGGAAAUCUCCUCCUGUGUCCACGGCUUCAUUUUCAGUUCAGGACUCAAACCCUGCCGUCAUCGACGUGGACUCUGUGGCCCCGAGUUUGAGUUCCGUCCGAAGCCCAGCAGCAGCCCACCGCCGUCGCUUUGUCUGCACCGAGUGCAACUUCAGCACAAGAACGUCCCAGGCCCUGGCUAAUCACUCCAAGAUCCACAAGAGAAAGAAGCAGAUCCUCCACCCGCAACCCAGUCAGAAAGUACUGAGAGAACCUGGGAAGAUGUCAACUAAGGAGGACAAUGAGGCCAGCCAGUCUUUAACGUCUAAUGCACAAAUAUUAAACCUAGCCCCAGAUUGCCGCUACCUCUCUGAGUGCGGAUCUCCGCCCAACGCUGCUCCCGUUGUGAACCAGGGGGACAUCACUGCCUCCGAAGACAGUACGACAUCGGACCACGGUGCCGACAGGAGAUUCAGCACAGCAGGGAAGCUUUGUGCUGAUCGGUCCAAGUUUGAUCCUGAGGCAGAUGAUGUCACGCUGCCUGGGAGUGAAGCGGAAGAGCAGAAAUGUGAUCUCUGCGAUGAACCUAAGCCAUCCCUGCGAGAGGCAAGCUCACCUGUGGGAAGGAAGCUGCACAACACUGAGUCGUCGUCACCGCAACACGAGGCAACCUUAUCAACACCUGCCAAGAAAAGUGCAAAGGACCAAGACAAACAGGAGGUGCCGAAAGACAGAAAGGUUUUCUUUUUGAGGAGAAGCAGCAGGGUCACAGUAACCCAGGCGCAAACUGACAGCGAUGACGACGACGAUGACACCGACGAGGAGCACAUGCGGUGUUUCCUGUCAGAGGGCGUUUUCGAGAAAGCCGCGGACGAGACUGACGAGGACUCGGAGGCGCUGAGGAGUGUGGAGAGGAAGUGCCCCUACUGCCCCGAUCGAUUCCAUAACGGAAUCGGUCUCGCCAAUCACGUGAGAGGCCAUCUGAAGCGAGUGGGCGUCAGCUACAACGUGCGACACUUCAUCUCCCCCGAGGAAGUCAACGCCAUUGAGAAGAAGUUCUCGUAUCAGAAGAAGAAGAAGAAAGUUGCCAACUUUGACCCCGGCACAUUCAGCUUGAUGCACUGCGAGUUCUGCAGCGCUGGCUUCGACACACGGGCCGGCCUGUCCAGUCAUGCCCGGGCUCACCUCCGUGACUUUGGGAUUACUAACUGGGACGUUACCAUCUCACCUAUCCACAUUCUGAGGGAGUUGUUCUCCAGCAGGCCAGAUCUGGUGAUUCCUAUGGAUCCCCCACGCAGUCUUGGGAGCUCCUCAGAGGAAGAUGAGGAGGAGGAUUGCGAUGAGGGAGACUCAAAAGAUGGAGGAAUUAUUAAGGUAAAGCUUGAAGGGGAGACGUGUGAAAAGACCCUCCAUCCCUCCGACUCUGUUGCCCUGUCUCCAGGACAUCGUCCACGCAGGAAGAAGGGGGAAGGAGUGAAGGCCUGUGAAGGCGAUGACAAGGAAGCAGCCGAUGAAGAGGAGGAGGAGGGUCUGCGACUUUCCUCACUGGAUGCUCUUUGCUUCAGUACUGGAAAAAAGGACAGCCUCUCCCUCAGGGAGGAUGUAGACGGCAAGGUCAAGAAGUGGAAAUGUGAGGUCUGUGACUCUCAAUUCGAGAGCAGACGUGGACUCUCCAUCCACUCUCGCGCUCACUUGCGCCAGCUGGGCUUCACCGUCUCAGAGAGUGGCGGGUCGGCCAUCGAGCUGCUCCACCAGGUAGCCAUGGAGCGCAGCAUCGACGGCAAAAUCAGCUCAUCUCUGCUGACGCCCAAGAAGCCCUCCCAGCCCGUCUCCCUCAAAGCCGAAGAGAUGGAGGACAUGGAGUUGGACGAGAAGCCCAUUCCUCUCUCCAUACUGGCCAAAGCGGCGAAGGCGGUGCCCUCUGGCUCCGCUACGCCCACACCGUCUCCAGGUGCCUCUCCAGCUCCAGCUCAUUCCAGCUCACCUUCCUCAGUAGUGAAGAAAGCCCCCAUUUCAUCUCUACUGCCUGUGUCUUCCCUGUUGCGCUCACAAGAGCACAAAGCUGGGGGGCUGAAAUGCCUGACCUCUAAUGUAUCCGCUCCCUCCGGAACCGCAACAUCCAAACCGCUUUGGGCUCCGCAGGAGAACGAUGCUCCUCUCAACCUCACACUGGAUAUGGACUCCGACAAGGACAUCGUUUGUCAGCUGUGCGGCGCCUGGUUUGAGACUCGUAAAGGCCUAUCCAGCCACGCACGAGCCCACCUGCGACACUUUGGCGUCGAGUACUCAGAGUCCAAAGGCUCGCCUAUUGAACUCCUGAGCCAGCUCAUGGACACAGAUGACUUCAAGCACAAGGCGAGUGCGCUGGAGCUGGACAGUCCCACGGAAACUCAGGGCGUGUCCCCAGCGCUUUCCCCCGCAAAGCAGUCGCUGCUAACGCUCUCUUCUUCUUCCUCCGCGUCACUCCUCUACAAGGUGACCACAGUUGGGGGUGGGUCCAAAGCUACCUCUUCCUCUUCCUCUGCCUCGUCUCUACCAGGUCCGCCUGCCAAGCGUCUCAAGACCUCUUCCAUGCAGGUCUUCCGCCUCAGCAGUGGGGAGCUGAUGGCCCUUCCACACAAUGAACCUCCAAAGGAAAUAGGAUGCGAGUACUGUGGGGAGUAUUUCGAGAAUCGCAAAGGCCUCUCCAGCCACGCCCGCUCCCACCUGCGCCAAAUGGGGAUUACCGAGUGGUCUGUCAAUGGUUCUCCAAUUGACACGUUGCGGGAGAUCAUCACCAGGCGAGGCCUGCCCUGCGCCCUUCCUCUCAAGCCUCUCAAAUCCCCCCCACCGUCCUCUCCUGGACCUCCUCGCUCUCCUCUGUCGCCUUCCUCGUCUCCACUCCUCAGCCGCCUGCCUUUCGCCUUCGCACGCCCGUCCAGUCCUCCUCAGUCAGUGAUGUCCAAAUCCAUCUCAGCUCCACCGAUGUCUCCGAGCAGCCUGGCUCUCAAGCCAAAGCCGGAGCCAGUGCAGGUGGAGGUCACUGCACCCGGGUCUGUGGGAAGAGCCGGAGGUUUUCCGGUUGAGUCGCCGAGCUCAAACUGGAGCAAGUCCGACAAAGUUUAUUCCCUUAACCUAGCCAUGGCCCAUGAAGUGGAGCCUACGAGGGACAUUCGAUGCGAGUUCUGUGGGGAAUACUUUGAGAACCGCAAAGGUCUAUCCAGCCACGCGCGCUCCCAUCUGCGGCAAAUGGGCAUCACGGAGUGGUCUGUCAAUGGCUCGCCCAUCGACACCCUGAGGGAAGUCAUGCACAAGCGACGGUCCAGUAGCUCAUCUCGCUUGGACCAAGGAGUGAAGAAAGAGUCCAGGCAAGGAACCAACAGUCCGCUGUGGGAAGCCCGUGGCUCAGAUGGUUUGGGUGUUUCAGGCUAUCAGUCCUCCAAGUUUCGUAAAUCUCCUCUCAGUUUGGUACAGUCCGGGUCAAGGAUGCUAAAGCAGGGCCUCGGCCCUGUGGGUCCAUCUGCCUCCCAACCUGCAGGAAAGUUGUUCCGAUUGUCCCCUUUGGCCAAAAGGCCCAUGUCAGAUAAGAUCCAGUCAGCAGAGGCCGUUGCUUCACACGCACAUCGACUCAAGACUUUUCCAUCACUUCCACACGAUUUCUCCUACAAAAGGAAACCUUCACCAGAAAAGCACGGACACCAGGACCCCAGUUGUGAGCUGUGCGGCUUCUACUUUGAGAAUCGUAAGGCUUUAGCCAGCCACGCGCGAGCCCACCUGAGGCAGUUUGGUGUGACUGAGUGGUCUGUGAACGGUUCGCCUAUCGAGACGCUGAGCGCUUGGAUACGCAGCAGACCACAAAAGGUCCUGGAGAUGCACCGCAACUACAUGCAGGGUAACCGCUCCUCAUUGAAGAAGAAGACGAGCUCUCCUCUCACCUCUUCUGUGGAUUCUGAUCUUGUCCUCCUAAUCUCAUCGCAGAAGGCCCACUCCUCCUCGUCCCCUUCUUCCUCUCAGUGGUCUUCUUCCCUGGCCGCUAGCCUGGCUCGGCCGCGGAGCCAAGAGCUCCGCCGGGGCUCCUCCGAGGCCGGCGACGAGGAAUCGGGGGCCGCCUCGCGGUCGGCUCCGGACAGGGCUGGCGGAAGCAGCCCCACCCUCUCGCGCCUCAGCAGCAGCCUUCAAGCACAGGUGGCCCGCAGCGAGCUGAAUGUCCGCCUGCCAAGAGGUUUCGAGCGUCGGCCUUUGAAGCACCCAUCCUGCCCAGACGGAGCUGACAGGGACAGUGGCUCUCCAAAGCCCCCACGCACAGGAACCGUCCCCUCCCUGGUACCCAAGCCACCUUCCUACCCACUGGUCAAACUGGUGGGCAAGUUCUACACCCUGAAGUGCCGGUUCUGCGAGGUGGAGUUCCACGGCCCACUGUCGGUGCAGGAGGACUGGAUCAGGCACCUCCAGCAGCACAUCUUCAAGAUGAACUACAACAAGCCCGCCGCUCUAAAAGCGGCCACCGCCGAUGGCCACAACCCAGCCAACAACUCGACCCCGGUCCACGCUUCCGACCCCAGUUCAAGAACUGCCUCCACCCCGACCCGCUCCACGGCCCCCAGCAGCCGCUCCCCCACGCCCGUGGCGGAGUUCGCUCCCACCGUAACUGCCAAAGAGAUCACACAGGUCUCAGAGGAGCAGGCCGCCAUAAUCCCCACUGCCAUUCCUCUCCCCACACAGAUGGUGUGAGCCCCAGCUCCACCGCUUGUUUUGUUCGUCCACUGCUUUUUCCUUCCUGCAACCUCCAGGAACUGUAGUAAGAGAGGAGCUUUCUCCAUCAUAAGAGCCCUUUUAAAGCCCCCCAAGCACCUUUGAAGCAUCUCUAGACUGUUCCUAAGUCCUGUUGCCACGGGAACGAAGCUUUCCCGGCUCUGCUUUGGGUUAGGAGAUGGGUGAUAAUGGGAACUGUCCGAGGUCAUGAGGAGAGAUCAAAUACUACUUUGUGUUUGCCUUGUUUAUACUGAAUGUUCAGAUAUUACUGUAUCUUUCCCAAUCACUGGGACACUAAGAGGCUAACAUGAAUUCUUUAUCAUACUUUUACUGCCCUGUCCACUACAGCUCAACCCUCCAUCCUCACACGAGCAAGACUUGUGGGACGGGAACCCUGACUGAAUUUCUAAUCACGCUCGUCUCACCGCUGAGACUUUUAGGUGUGUGGUACAACACUUGGUGUUAAAAAGGCACUUUUAAAUUUGACACUGUCAUCCUGCACUUAAUGAAACAAUUUACAUGUGUUAAAACGAAAUUUUGGAACAACAGGUAGAAGCACAUAACUAAGGAACAAUCACUCAGAUUACGGUAACCUUUUCGUUGUAAUACUGUCCCCAAAGUCUACAUAUAUUUAGCUUGAAUGUAGCGAUCUUUUAUAGGUAUUAAUACACAGACAUACAGUCAUUUCCAAAAGUAUGCAUACCUGAAGAACUUUUUGAUUUUUGUCAUAAGCUUUAAUGCAUUUUAUUGGGAUUUUGAUAGACCAACACAUGAUAGUGCAUGAAUGUGAAGUGAAAAGAAAAUUAACCUUCAUUUUCUGCUAAGAACACUCAUUUUAAUUCAAUUCAGCUCGAACGCACUUUUCAGCAAUUUCUCCUAUUGAGCAUGCAUGUGGCGAAAGUAGAAAGGAAAAAUCCCCUUUAACAUUAGAAUUAGAACCAGGCUCAGUGUGCCCAACUGGGGCUUUGAAAAGACAAGACACACUCAAACAAAAACCAGAAACACUGACCCAGGAGGGAUUUCUAUGCCAGCGAGGACAAUGACGUACCGUAAUCUACAGACUAUUGAGUCUGACUGAAUAUAAGCCACACUCUCUAACUUUGAAAAGAAAAGAAAAAAAGUGUACAUAUGUAGGGCGCACUUAUCUAUAAGUCAAAGUUGACCAUCACCAUCCAUAAUAAUUCUUUAUUAUAUAUAUACAUAUAUAUAUAAUACACUACCAGUAAAAACCAUUGACGGCUAUCUUCAUCCUUCUCAUGUGCACUAUAACACUUAACGUGUCUCAACUUCACAUUCAUCUUGAGGCAGAUUUGCUUGAGCUUGUCCAACCUUUCAAAAUCCGAUGGUAAAAGGUUGUAUGUUAGCCGCAUCACAAUGUUCCAAACCUCUGACAAAAGUAGCAGCUUAUAGUCUUAAAAUGACUGUAGACCAAGGAAUGGAUCAAAGUCCAAUUGAAAAUCUGUCAAGAUGAAAGAUU